AUGUCGGAAGAUCACGGGGACUUGAUGUCACGAAUAAGCCAGCUAGCCGGACAAAUCAAUCGCCACAAGAACCAGCAAACCGUCGAACCUGCUCCGGCCCGUAACUACACCGCCGCUCCUGGUCGAGGCCGAGGAGGCGCAGUUGCCGUCCAUCACAACCGCUCUCUGGUGAUCAACAACAAGACUACGUCUACCAAGGGCGUUGCAAACGGCCCGGCCCCUUUUACAGCUGCAGCGGUUCUCGACUCAAAGCCUGCAGGAGGACCUACCACUACAAAGGAAGCCAUCAAAUCCCCGCCUCCUCCGGCUCCUGCUGCAGCCUCGGGCUGGGUGGCGAAGCGGGGCGCGCACAUGCAGCUGAUCAACGCCUCAGUCUAUGACCAGCAUGUUCAGGAUCGCACCAAGGCCGCGGCGAAGACCCUUACGGAGAAAAUCAAGAGGAAAGAGGCACUUGAGAAGUCCAAGCUUAAUCGCCUCAUGCAGGGCUCCCAGGGUGCUGGCCGUGAGCUCGAGUUUGGAGGAGGCCGUUACCGGCUCGCCGCAGGUGGUAACAAGCUAGUCCGGGUGUCGGGGAACGCCACCACCUCAACACCAAAACAGGCUGUAAUUGGCGGUGUUCGGUAUCAGCGGAGUCGAAAUGGAAAUCUGUGGCGAGCAGGACUCGUACGCGCGUCUCGGAAAUCCACCGAGCCGUGCAAGUACUACUCAACUACUGGUCAGUGCAAGCACGGGUUAUCGUGCCCGUUCGUCCACGACCCCAAUGAGGUCGCCAUCUGUCAGCGCUUCCUUACAUCUGGUACGUGCCCGGAUGGAGACAUGUGCGACCUUUCCCAUGAUCCCACCCCACACAGGGUCCCAGCUUGCCACCACUUUGUGCGCGGCAAUUGCGUGAAUUCGAACUGCCGCUACGCGCAUGUCAGGGUGAACCCGGCAGCAUCUGUAUGUGAGCGCUUUGCCACCUUGGGGUACUGUCCCAAAGGAGCCGAGUGCACCGAACGUCACGUUUUCGAAUGUCCGACGUUCGACAAAACUGGGGUCUGUACCAACAACAAGUGCAAACUUCAGCAUGUCGAACAUGCUGGUCGAAGAAGGGCUGCGGCGGCGGCGGCGGCCACUGCGGCGGCUACUGCGGAAGAAGCCAAAUCUCCAAAUGAUGGAAGCGACAACAGCAACAGCAACUCCAGUGACGAGCAGGACCACGAAGAUUACUUUCAGUCCGAUGUUGACUCCGACAUUCUCUCGGACGUUGGAUUCCCUCUGGGCGGCGAGGAGUUGGAUCCUCAACAGGAUUUCAUCCAAUUCUAA